AUGGCAGCGAGUCCGCGAAUAAGAGCCGCCAAUAUGAAGCUGCUCGCUGCGAGCGUCGUGCUGGCCGGCAUUCCCGCAGCACGCGCCCACGGACAUCACGCUCAUGGUCCCGCUGACAACUCGGUCCCCAUCGACAGCAUUCUCUGGAUUCACAUCGGAAUACAGACGCUCGCAUGGUUCUUCCUCUUUCCGCUCGCCAUGGUGCUCGGCCUCGUGCGCCACCGCCUGCACGUGCCCCUCGCCACCGCAUCCCUUGCGCUCACCGUCGGCGGCUACUUCCUCGGACACGGCCACGGCGGUCGUCAGUUCCCGCACACAGCACACGGCACCAUGGCCUCUCUGCUCGUCUUCUAUCUCGCUGCUCAGACCUUCCUCGGCGUCUACCUCAAGCUCCAUCUCCAAUGGCGGCCCGAAAAGUGGAUCCGCCCAACGCUCGUCACCAUCCACGGCUUGCUCGGCAAGAGCUUCCCCAUCGUCGGCUGGGUCCAGAUGGUGUUUGGCGUGUCCACCCUCCAGUCGUGGUGCUUUGGUGGACACCUCGGCCAGUGUCUGGCGCACUACAUCAUGGGCUCGGCUUUCCAAGCUUACGCUGCGAUCCUCAUCAUCAUGAUGAAGGCCGGCGGCGACUGGCUCCAGCGUCGCGGCCAGAGCCAGGAGUGGUUCGACUCGUGGGUCAUCAUGCUCUGGGGCAUCGUCAACACCUUCACCGAGCACCACGGUGGGCCAUGGACGCACAAGGACCUGCAGCACACGCUCAUGGGCGUGCUCUGGUGGGCAGGAGGCGCCCUCGGCAUCUGGCUCAGCCGCGGAGGCAGACGCAACAUCUUCCCCUCCAUCAUCAUCUUUCUCACCGGCUGGGCCAUGAGUGCCCACUCGCAAGCGCUCAUGAUCUCCACCAUGGUGCACUCGCUCUUUGGCUACGCGCUCAUGGGCGCCGGUAUCGCCCGCAUGAUCGAGGUCUGCUUCGUCCUCCAAGGUCGCCCCACCGGCACCACGCGCGAGUCGCCCGAAGUGCCGCUCGCAAGCCAGAUGGCGCUCAACGGAAGCUGGUAUCCGAUCAAGCCAUUCCAGUACCUGCCGCCGUACCUGCUCGUUGCCUCGGGCGUGCUCUUCAUGUCCGCCACCGAUGAGGAGCUGCGCUGGGCCGAUGCACGCGGCGUCGACCAUGCCACAUGGGGCCUCAUCGACUUUAGCGCGUCCAUGCUCGUCUUCCUCUGGAUCAACGUGCUUGUUGACCUUUACGUGGCCUACGGCGGACGCUACGGUGCUGCGCGUCACAACGCUGCACAGGCUAGAGCGGCAGACCGCGAAGCACAGCCCAGUCGCUCAUUGUAUUCGCGCCUCAGUCUCGGCGGCAAUACUACCGAUGCUGCCAACCCGGCUGCUCCCCGCUCUCGAGCAUCCGCGGCCGCAACGGCAGCUGUGGAGCACCACGAGCUCAACGGACUCACAGCGAAAGCUCGAGGCAACUAUGACGAUGGCAUCGCCGAGCCCAACCACGUGCUCUUUGACGAAGAGGACGAGGAUCCGUUCGAGGAAAAGGACCGCGACGAUCAAGAGAGUAGCGGCAGCAGCGCAGGCCGCGGCCGGAUCCAGCUCUGA